AUGGAGCGUAUAGACAGCACGUACUCUGAAAAAGAGAACCCAAGGCCCAUCUUGAUCGCACCAGCAUCGGUAUCGUCACCACAUCACCAUGCGAGACGAUCCAUCAGUGGCAUCGACAUUUUAAAUGGCCUCAAGAUAAUGACAAGCAGCACGCUCAAUAAUGACAGCAACAUGCCGCCCUCCCCUGUGCCCUCUCAGUUAUUAUCUGAACAUCAUUUCAGUCAAAUUGAUGAUUUUGAAAUCAAAGAGGCGAUUGGCUAUGGCUCGUCUGCUAUAGUGUACAAAGCUAUUUAUAAACCUCUGAAUAGACGCAUGGCGCUCAAGAUGAUUGACCUCGACAAGUUUGAAAGAAAUCAGAUUGACGAACUCCGACGUGAAACAGCAUUGAUGGCACUCUCAAAACAUACCAACGUAUUGCGUGUAUACGGCUCAUUUGUACAUGGAUCAAAGCUAUACAUUGUAACCCCUUAUUUAGCUGGAGGAUCCUGUCUGGAUAUCAUGAAGACUAGAUUUCCCGAAGGACUGGAUGAAACCAGCAUUGCAACCAUCCUCAAACAGACAUUGGAAGCCUUGAUCUACUUGCACAAGAAUGGCCACAUCCAUCGUGAUGUGAAGGCGGGCAAUCUGCUAAUGGACGAAGACGGUACCGUGCUACUGGGUGAUUUUGGUGUAUCCAGCUCUCUGAUGGAGACCGGCGAGCGAGGCAUGCGAAAGACAUUUGUGGGUACACCCUGCUGGAUGGCACCCGAGGUGAUGGAACAAGCUGAAUACGAUUACAAGGCGGAUAUCUGGAGUUUUGGUAUCACAGCAAUCGAGCUAGCAACAGGCCAUGCCCCUUUUGCAAAGUUCCCGCCUUUAAAGGUACUGAUGAUGACACUUUCAAACGAACCACCCACUCUAGACCGUGACAAUACAAUCCACAAGUACUCCAAAUCGUUCAAAGACAUGAUUGAUAUCUGUCUCUCCAAAGACCCCCUGAAAAGACCCACUGCCGACAAGUUACUGCAGCAUCCCUUCUUCAAACAAGCCAAGCGAAAAGAAUACCUGGUCAAGGCCAUUUUGUAUGAAUUACCCCCACUGGAACAGAGACCUCGCAAAAAGAUACCCCAAAAGCAAGUUACCAUUACAAAGACAGAUGAAUGGGAUUUCGAUGACGAUGAUGAAGAUGCGGAUGCAGAAGUGGACGAGCUCCUAUUAUCAGAUCAAAAUAGCCCUGCUGCAGAACAGCUGAUUCUGAACCACCAGCCACAAGAGAAUACAAAGUCGAAACCAUCCAAAAGGCACAUUUCAUUUGGUGAUGUUGUUGUUCGCAAUAAUAGCAUGCUGGUGCAUCCUUCUGAUCCGGUGCCUACUGCUACGUCCACUUCUCCGCCCUUGUCCAUGACGCCGCCAAAGAAAUCUCGCUUUGUGAUUGAAGAGUCGUCUCAAGACACUUCAUCGUCUAUCAGAUCAUCCAGCCCCAUGCCAGAUGAGGAGUGUGAAGUAAUGAAGGGUAGAUUUUAUGUCAAAGAAGACCAGCAGCAGCAACAACAGCAGCAGCAGCAAUUACACAAGAUGCCUAGUCAGGACUUUCUAGCUACACAUGAUCGUAAAUCGAGAUUUGAAAUAUCGUCCAACACAAGCUCGCCCAUGCUGUACCAGCCCAUUCCACUGUCUCGCGAUAGCUCUUCUUAUUCCUCUUCUUCUGCCAACAGCAAGCCCAACACGACUGCAGUAACAGAAAAGCGAUACCCACCACAGGAACUAUUGACAUCAGAGAACAUUGCAUUACUGACUGAAUCCUCCAGAAAGAUAGGUAGAUUUGAGCUGACAGGUGGCUCCAGCAGCUCGUCUGUGGAUGUCACUCCCAGAGGAAGCAUCUCUUCCAGCCAUCUCGACACACACCAUCAGCAUGCAACGGCCCCUGUGCUCAUGAACCCUCUCUAUCAGAUCGAAGAGCUGCUUCGUUUCAAUGAGUCUCAAAGAGUUUUACUACAGGAAUUAAGGUUGAGCUGCAAAAAACCAGGUGCUCAUCCUGCCAUCACCAAUGAGCAUGAAACAGAAGCGGCUUCAUCACAACACCACCACGACGACUUGGCUGCUACUGUAGAGCAUUUGGACAAGCUGAUCCAACAAACGCUGAAAGAAAAUGCUCAGUUACAGAAAGAAAAUGAAAGCCUACGAAAGGAGUUGAAGGAAUUAAAGUUGAAUUGA